AUGUUUAAAAGUUAUAAAGCAGAUGAAGACUUCGAUGAAAUUCGAUUAAAGUAUGUUGAUGAUUUAUGCGAAGAUAUCAAUCGCAUUUCUUUCACAGAAGAUAUCUCCUUUUUUAGCGAGAAUGGCGAGAUUCAAAACUAUAAUUCCGAGAAUAAUCCAUUUAUUAAUAUUACUUUAGAAGAAAUCGUUAGUAUUAUGCAAGGAAACAAUGAUCAAGUUAUAAAACAAGUAUUUGGAGCAUUUAUUGGCAAUUUUUCAAACAAUAUUAUCCCUUACACACAAGAUUUUAGAGAAAGUGGAUUUAUAUACGAAUUGACUAAACUCAUCAAUCAUAAAUCUUACACAAUUUACUCUCUAGCCCUUAGAAUAUUAUUUGAACUUGCCUCAUGCGAAGAAUUUGUAGAUGAUAUGACUACAGAUGGAUUUUGGGAAAUCAUUAAAAAGAAUUUGAAUGAAAAUCAAUCAGAUGAUCACAGAAAAAUUCAAUUAGUUUUAUUAUUACUUCAAAGAGUGAUUCAUUAUUCAGAAGCUGUUCGAAGCUAUUUUAUUUCAAAUCAUCUCCUUGAUAAUCUUCUAUCGCUCGUUGAAUUAGAUAGAAAUUCCUAUUCAGGAAUAAUUUGCAAAUUAUUACAAAUUCUUGCAAUGGAAGAUUUCGUUGAAGAUGACGUAGAAUACGUCUAUACAGCAUAUGCAAACAUUUUCAGCAUCACAUUUCAAGUACAUCCUACAAAAUCCUUACAAUUUAUGCUAAAUCUUUCCAGGUAUGAUGAUUUCUAUGAAAUAAUGACAAACAAUGCUUUAAUUAAAGAGUUCAUACAAUACUUAGGCACUUGUUCUUAUGAUUUGUUGAAUUAUUUGCUUGGUAUUUGUAUAAAUUUUGCUCAAUCAUGCCCAUUUUUGUUUACAAGAGUUUUUCUUAGAUUACUUUACAUAUUUAGAACUCCAAAUCAAGAAAAAAAUAUACUUAUAGGAAUUUCGACACUAUUUACUGUUUUAAUUCCAGAAUAUACACAGUUCAAUCCUGAAGAUGCGGAUACGGAAGAAUUUGCUCCAUAUCUCGGCGGAAAUUACAAAUUUAUUCCGGAAAAUUUUGAAAUUAUUAAUGAUGAAACGUAUAAUGGUCCAGAAGAAGGAUCUCAAACAAUCGGAUUGAUGCAAGUAUCGAUAUUAAUUGAUAUAUCAAUGGUUGUAAUCAGAGAAUUCAGUUUACUUCCUUCAUAUCAAGCACAAUCCUUAGUUCUUAGUCUAUUUGAAGUAUUGCGUCUGCAGAAUCCAUUUAUAGUACUCACGUUGCUUAGCGAAGUUUCUACUUGGAGAGCUGAUGAAGAAUCUUCAAUAGAAUAUCAAGAUAAAAGUUUAAUGGAAACAUUAAAUACAGCCCUUGAAAUGGAAAACCCUGUUAUUAAUUACAGAUGUUUGCGUUGCCUUAUUGAUUUGUUUGAUCUUGAGGAAAAAGAAAACGGAACUUCUGGUUUAUAUGAUGAAUUUAGCGAAUGUGGUGGAAUUGAUACAGUUGCUGACUUAACUCAAAGCGAAGAUGAAGAUGUUCGAGAAAUUGCAACUUAUUUCAUGCACAAAAUCGCCCCUGAUGAUUUUUAA